AACCUCUCCUCCUCUCCUCCUAAACGUUGCCCAAAUCUGGUUGCGUCACGAGUGGUGUCUGAGUCUAAUUAAAACCAUAUUGAUAAAAACGUAAAUACGACCCAAGUUCCUCCCUCUUGUCUUCUGCUGCAAGAGAGCGCGGACUCGGUACAAGCAGUUUCAAGGGACCAGUGCUAGCGGAAGAUCUUCUGAGGAAAGUACAUCUGUGCAAAGUUGCAGUUCAUUUUAAAAAGUUUAUAUAGGCUAUUACUAAACUGCAUUAGAAAAUAACGCAACAAUGGCUGGUCUGAAGUACAUGAGCGGUUUUGGAAAUGAGUUUGCCUCUGAGGACUCUCGCUGUCCAGGAUCUCUACCUGAGGGACAGAACAAUCCACAAGUGUGUCCAUAUGGCCUAUAUGCUGAGCAACUCUCUGGUUCUGCCUUCACUUGCCCACGAUCAACCAAUAAGAGAAGCUGGCUGUACCGCAUUUUACCCUCUGUGCGCCACAAGCCUUUCACUCCGAUGAGCUGUGGAGAUCUCACAGAGAGCUGGAAUGAAGUGGAGCCUGACCCCAACCAGCUGCGUUGGAAGCCGUUUAACAUCCCCAAAUCUUCUGAGAAAAAAGUGGAUUUCAUAUCGGGUCUACAUACAGUCUGUGGAGCUGGAGAUUCAAAAUCUCGUAAUGGAAUCGCCAUCCACAUGUACACCUGUAACACUUCAAUGAUUGACAAAUGUUUCCAAAACGCAGAUGGUGAUUUCCUUAUUGUGCCUCAACAAGGCGAAACCCUGAUUACUACAGAAUUUGGGAAGAUGAUGGUGGAGCCCAAUGAGAUUUGUGUCAUUCAGCAAGGGAUGCGUUUUAGUGUUGAUGUGUUUAGAGAAACCAGGGGAUACAUUCUAGAGGUGUUUGGGGCCCAUUUUGAGCUGCCUGACCUGGGUCCUAUAGGGGCAAAUGGACUGGCUAACCCUAGGGACUUCCAAACACCUGUGGCUUGGUACGAGGACCGUACUGUAGCCACAGGUUACACCAUUGUCAACAAGUACCAGGGAAAGCUCUUCUCAUGUCAACAGGACUUUUCGCCAUUUAAUGUGGUGGCAUGGCACGGAAACUACACACCCUACAAAUACAACCUGGAGAACUUCAUGGUCAUCAACUGUGUGGCGUUUGAUCACCCUGAUCCGUCGAUUUUCACCGUUUUGACAGCAAAAUCCACCCGUCCAGGUGUGGCCAUUGCAGAUUUUGUCAUCUUUCCCCCUCGCUGGGGUGUAGCUAAUCACACCUUUCGGCCUCCUUACUACCACAGGAACUGCAUGAGCGAGUUUAUGGGAUUAAUCAAAGGCCACUAUGAAGCAAAGGAAGAAGGUUUCCAGCCUGGAGGAGCCAGUCUCCACAGCAUCAUGACUCCACAUGGUCCUGACGUCGACUGUUUCGAGAAGAACAGCACAGCUGUUCUCAAACCAGAGAGAGUUGCUGAGGGCACUAUGGCAUUCAUGUUUGAGUCAUCCUUCAGCAUGGCUGUGACCAAGUGGGGAUUGGACACCUGCCACCGUCUCGAUAAGAGCUACUAUAAAUGCUGGGAGGCUUUAAAAAGUCACUUCAAUCCAAACUGGAAACCCAGCAGCAAGUAGAACAUGAAGUACAUGGUUACACCUCAACAGUCGUCAUAAUAUUUGUCUGACGUGGAUCUGUGAUUCACAAUGGUUUUCUCUUUAGAAUGGAGUUAACCAGAGAUAUUCUAUGAUAUAAAAACAAAACAUGCUAUUAUAUAACCAAUAAAACAAAACGCAGGGUUUCUGCAGGUUUUAUAAAGAAAAAUUUAAGACAAUUUUAAAGGCCUUUUUAAGAC